AUGUCUUCUCGAUUGACAGUACCUGCAAAGCGCGUCGGGUGUGGUCCCGACGCAAACACUCCGACACUCAAGUCAGUGAGGGAUUCGAGAGAAACUGGUAGAUGGGACUCUAUCCCUUGGAAGUAUGCAAAGACACCACGCCACCGUGGUCUGCUCGUUGUCGACAACCUGGAUGUCCGGCAUCGGGAGCUAGGCUUCCUUACUGAAGACUUCACCCCUUGCUUUACCUUAAUCCGUCGACCAGGCUCGACCAGUUACGACGGCAAACUAGCCGAGCUGCUAAUGCACCAUAUCAGCCCUGUUGAUCUCCGCUUGUCCGUCUGCCCGUACUCUACCUCCGGCCGCCGUUCUGAGCCGACCGCGGAUUCCGUCAGCAAGAUGAAAAUAGCUGUAGAAGGGUGCAUGCAUGGAGAUUUGGAUAAUGUAUAUGCUACUCUGUUGCACCUGCAAGAAGUUGAAAGAAUCAAGAUUGAUCUUCUCAUCUGCUGUGGGGACUUUCAGGCGGUUCGAAAUGAGAAAGAUUUGGAGAGCCUAGCUGUGCCACCCAUGUAUCGAACUAUGAAUUCCUUUUGGAAGUAUUACUCUGGGGAGAAAGCUGCACCAUUUCCAAGUAUAUUCAUUGGUGGGAAUCACGAAGCAUCCAACUAUCUUUGGGAGUUAUACUAUGGUGGGUGGGUAGCGCCACAAAUUUUCUUUCUCGGAUUUGCAGGAGUCGUUAGAUUUGGAAAUGUUCGUAUUGGUGGACUUUCUGGGAUUUAUAAUUCACAUCAAUAUUAUUCCGGACACCAUGAGAAGCUACCUUACGGUGACCAAGACAUCCGGUCCAUAUAUAAGAUUGAAGAAGGAACAUUGGGAAAUCCUGCUGCAAGAGAUCUUAUGGCUAAGUUGAGGCCUUCAUACUGGUUUUCUGCACAUUUACAUUGCAAAUUUUCUGCUCUCGUCCAACAUGGAGAAAACGGCCCGACUACGAAAUUUCUUGCCCUCGAUAAGUGUCUUCCUGGAAGAAGAUUUUUGCAGGUUAUCGAAAUUGAAUCAGAAACAGGGCCUCACAGUCUCCAGUAUGAUGAAGAAUGGCUUGCAAUCACUAAGAAAUUCAACCCAAUCUUCCCUCGGACAGAAGUGCGGCCAAAUUUUAGUGAUGCUAAGCUCAAUAUGGAAGAGUGCCGCCUGUUUGUGAAGAAUAAGCUGCAAAUGAGAGGCAGAAAACCUUUUGAAUUUGUUAGAACUGCUCCAUGUCAUAAAUCUUCUCGAUCUGCAGCCGACAAUUUUCCUUCUGAUAAAUCUACUACAAUGACUUGGAGAAAACGCGAAUUACUUAAGGCUAUAAUGGCAAUUCCAGAAUCUGCAAACGGUUGCAGUUCAGGAUCCAAAGUCAUUAGGAUUGUACUUGCAUUCUCAAGACACUGCCGGAACCCUCAAACAGAAGCUCUAUUGGAGUUACUAGGCCUCCAAUAUUGUCUUGAUUAG